GGCGGCGCUGGCGGGAGUGGGGCUUCACGAGAGACCAGUGCUGCUGGAGGCGCCCAGUCCACGGACAACCCCUACUACACGAGUCCCACUUUGGUUUAUCUUGCCCCGCAGCCUUCGUCCCGCCUCGCCUGUAACUGCUGUAACUGUGUCCGCCCGCUGCAGGAUGAGCUGGUCGAGGGGAACGCCGCCCCGGUGUACCUGAGCAAGUGGACACCUUCUCCUCGGAGCCCCUGUGAGCGCUUUAUCUGCGAUGACCUGGUGUUGCGUUUAAUUGGAUGCAGCGCUGACACGCUCGAGCAGCGGGUUUAUAGCCGGUCCUGCAGCAGCAGAGGGUUCUCCUCUCCUCCUCUCCUCGGAGCUCCAGGUCCCCCCAGGUUCCCCCAGGCCGGUGUCUGUAGGGCAGGGCAGAGAUGGGGCUCCCCGCCCUGGAGUUCAGCGACUGCUACCUGGACAGCCCGCAGUUCCGGGAGAGGCUGAAGUCCCACGAGCUGGAGCUGGAUAAGACCAGCAAGUUCAUCAAGGAGCUGAUCAAGGACGGGAAGGCGCUGAUCCAGGCGCUCAAAGGUCUGUCAACGGCGAAGAGGAAAUUUGCUGACUCCCUCAAUGAUUUCAAAUUCCAGUGUAUUGGAGACGCUGAGACUGAUGACGAGAUAUGCAUCGCCAAGUCGCUCCAGGAGUUCGCCGCCGUCCUGCAGAAUCUGGAGGAUGAGAGGACAAGGAUGAUUGAGAAUGCCAGUGAUGUGUUGAUUAUGCCGCUGGAGCGGUUCAGGAAAGAGCAGAUCAGCGCGGCCAAGGAAGCCAAGAAAAAGUAUGACAAAGAGACGGAGAAGUAUUGUGCAGUGCUGGAGAAGCACCUGAGUCUUUCAGCCAGGAAGAAAGAGUCCCAUCUACACGAGGCGGACAGCCAGGUAGACAACGUCCGGCAGCAUUUCUACGAGGUUUCUCUGGAGUACGUCUUCAAAGUGCAGGAAGUUCAAGAGAGGAAGAUGUUUGACUUUGUGGAGCCGUUGCUGGCAUUUCUUCAAGGCCUGUUCACCUACUAUCACCAUGGUUACGAGCUGGCAAAGGACUUCAACCACUUUAAGACCGACCUCACCAUCAGCAUACAGAACACGAGGAACCGGUUUGAGAGCACGCGAUCUGAGGUGGAGAGUCUGAUGAAGAAGAUGAAGGAGAAUCCACAUGAACACAAGAGCGUCAGCCAGCACACCAUGGAGGGAUACCUGUUCGUGCUGGAGAAACGUUCAUUCGUAUCCACAUGGGUAAAGUACUACUGCACAUACCACCGCGAGCCCAAGAAGGUCACCAUGGUCCUGUUUGACCCCAAAUCUGGAGGCAAAAUGGGAGAGGAGGAGAGUUUCAACCUGAAGUCGUGCACCAGGAGGAAGACGGACUCCAUAGAAAAGAGGUUCUGUUUUGAUGUGGAGGCGGUGGAAAGGCCGGGUGUGAUCACCAUGCAGGCGAUGUCAGAAGAAGACCGGCGGUUGUGGAUGGAGGCUAUGGACGGUAGAGAACCGGUGUACAAUCUCAACAAGGACAACCAGGCUGAAGGCAUGGUCCAGCUGGAUGUGGUUGGGUUCAAUGUGAUGAAGAAGUUCAUCUAUGCUGUGGAGACUCGAGGUAUUGACGAGCAGGGCCUGUACCGAAUUGCUGGUGUUAACUCCAAAGUACAAAAACUACUGAGCCUGGCGAUGGAUCCAAAGACGUGUGCUGACGUUGAGCUGGAAAGCCCGGAGUGGGAGAUUAAAACGAUAACGAGUGCCAUCAAGCAUUAUCUCAGGAUGCUGCCGGCUCCUCUCAUGACGUACCAGUACCAGAGGAGCUUCAUCAAAGCUGCCAAGAUGGACAGCCCGGACGCCCGGGUGACGGAGAUCCACGCCCUGGUCCACCGGCUGCCGGAGAAGAACCGGCAGAUGCUGGAGCUGCUGAUGAAACACCUGGCCAAUGUGGCCAGUCACCACCAGCACAACCUGAUGACCGUUGCCAACCUGGGCGUGGUGUUUGGGCCGACGCUGCUCCGCCCGCAGGAGGAGACGGUCGCCGCCAUCAUGGACAUCAAGUUCCAGAACAUCGUGGUGGAAAUCCUCAUAGAGCACCAUGAAAGGAUAUUCAGAGAUGUGCCGAAUUCUGCGGGCGCUUUGACCAACAUGCAGCUCAACCCGCCUCGGAGGAAAAGCGCCGAGUGCAAACCCCCGUCCUGCAGCGAGAGACCUCUCACACUCUUUCACACACCAACACAUUCCCAGAAAGGUGAGAAGAGGAACAGUGUUGGCAACACCACGGCUGCUGACCCGCAGCAGCCGGUUUCCUCCUCGGCUAACUGCAACAGCAGCAGCAGCAGCAGCAGCAGCAGCAACGGCAGCCGGAGCCGGACCCCGAGACACAGUUUAACCAGCAACGACGGAGAGACGGACGGCCGGCAGGUCCGACCCAGCUCCCUGCUGAACCCAAAGGGUCGGGGCAUCAUACCGCCAAGUGUUCCUGUCAAUGCAACAUCUCCCAGUCCCACCUCGCCACGUUCCCCGUCCUGGCCCAUGUUCUCAGCCCCCUCCAGUCCUCAGCCGGCGUCCUCUGCUUCCAGCGACUCCUCGCCCGUCAGCGCUGCGGGGAGGAAGGCUCGGGCGCUGUACGCCUGCAAAGCAGAGCACGACUCGGAGCUGUCCUUCAUCGCCGGGACCGUCUUUCAGAACGUCCAUUCUUCCAGGGAGCCUGGCUGGUUGGAAGGGACUCUGGAGGGUCGAACCGGACUGAUACCAGAGAACUAUGUGGAGUAUCUAUAGUACAAGCCCAAACAAACAAACAAACAAACCAAAUCUCUGGAUAGUUGUGGAAGUGAGGAGACCACACUGGACCUGACAGAACCGGAGAUGACCGCCCCACGUUGGACUGACUCCAUUAGCGCUUACAUUGUAACCAGUGCUCUCUUUGGGCUUUGUGUCCUCUAGAACGGGAAGAAAAACUGGACCAAACAGAACCGCAGUGGCCGACUGGAGAAACCCCCACAAUGCACUGGGAAAGAGGACUGGCUGUGAUUGGAUUUUUGUGGAUGGCCAUCGAUGCUGUGGUGGAGAUGACGAGUGUGUGUGUGUGAGUGUGUGUGAGGGAGAGAGAGGAACACACUGCAAAAACUCAAAAUCUUAACAAGAAUAUCUGUCUUAUUUCUAGUUAAAAUGUCUCAUUUUUAGUAUUAAAAAAUUCUCAUUACACUUAAAACAAGUGUCAUCACUGGAAAAAACAACAAUUUUCACCUGUUUCAAGUAGGUUUUCACUUAAAAUAAGUAGAAAAAUCUACCAGAUAUUUUUGCUUGUAAUGAGAAGAUAAAUCUAGAGAAGAUAAAGUAGAUUUUUCUACUUAUUUCAAGUGAAAAUUUACUUGAAAAAGGUGAAAAUUGUCAAAUAAGUUAUUUUUCUGGUAAUGACUCUUGUUUUAAGUGUAAUGAGAUUUUUUGACAAAAAAUUAGCCAUUUUAACUAGAAAUAAGACAAAUAUUCCUGGUAAGAUUUAGAGUUUUUGCCGUGCAGAGGACAGUUGGAGGUGGUUAGAGAGUUAUUUGUAUAAAUGAGUUGACUAGUGUGAGCUGAGCUUAUUUAGGUCUGCACUGCCACCGCUUUAGCAUUUCUUUCAUUUCAUGAGGUAGAUUUUCUUUCUUGCAACAUUAAUUAAUGACAGUGAACAUGAAAAGGAGCGAGCAGCUUUAACCUACCGGUCUCACUCCCUGGCCGACUGACGGCUCACGUCUCCCUGAGAACUGGGAGGUGAUAAAGCAAACGGACCGGUGGGUUUGGGUGUAUUUGGGAGACCUCGUGACAGCGGCCUGCACAUUUCAGGGGACUGGACUCGCCCCGGGUCACAUUUGCAGGAUCCCCGGGGCUGGACGGGGAGAGCAGGGAAUGGCCCCGGCCGGCCAGGAGGUCAGCGCCGUAGUCAUAGUCAUUUUCUGUUUACCCCUGCAGAGCCGGCACUAAAAAUCUGAAACAUUUCACUCAACUUCCACCAUCACAUUCCCAGCGGCGUGCAGGAGUGUAGGAGUAGGAGUGAUUCCGGCUGCAGGGCCUCCGUCGUGUGGUCCGGUGAGUCACGGUUCUGCUAUGACGGCCCAUUCCAGGACUCGCAAUCAAACAGGAAGUUGUAUUUUUUUCUUUUUAAACUCACGUGACAGAGCACUGAAGUCUCCUCCUGGUUCUAAAAGCUCGUCAACGCCGGUUACCACCUCCAGGAUCUUUCUUUUAUUUUUUUUUUAAGUGUAAAAUUACAAUAACAUUGCUGAAAAUAAUUUGGAUGGAAGUUUAAUCUUGUUCGUUGAGAAUAGCUCAGCUUUAAAGAAAAGCAAUCAUUUAGUUUCAAAAUUGUUCUUUGAUGUAUAUAAAGCUAGUCUGCCUGAGAGUUUCAUUUUACCCUUCCGUUUCUUUUUCCUUUAGACUGCUUGGAGAAUCUUUUUAUCAAAUUUUCUAGAUUUUUUUUUUAAGAACAUUUUGGUUUUUAGUCAGAGUAAUAAAUGGGAGGCUACAAAAUAAAAGCUGGAAUGUGAAAUGAGACUACUUUGUUCAUAUCUAAAGUUAUUUAUAAGACUUUCUUAAAAGUGAAAUACUGGACUGUAUCCGUUUUGAGGUGAUUAUUGAGCAUGUAAAUAAGUUCACAGCAUUUGAUGAGGUAUAAUUUUUUCAAGCGUGAAAUUUUAUAUUUUGUAUUUCUAGCAUACUAACUUAAUUCCUUAAUUCCAUCUUUGUUGCCAGAAUUUUGUAAUAUUUAACACUGUCCGCAGCCUUAAAUAUUCUUGCAGAUGUUUUGGUGAAGGAUUGUGCAGAAUUAAAGAUAAAUCUA